CCGGCCGCCGCGCGCACAGUCCUGCUCGCACCUUCUUUCUCUGCUGUGGCCCGGCAGCGCGGCGUCGGAGCCCGGACUCUGGCAGCUGGAGGCCCGGCCGCCGGUCGGGAGCGUCUCCGUGCCGGCCUCGAGCGAGUAAUACUGAGAGCCGGCCCCGCGCCUGGAGCAUCGGGCACCAGCGGGGAUUGCGUGCGUCCACCAGAGGCGUCGGUGCCCAGCCCCUGGGACCGCAGCUGGGGUCCUCAGCGGCUGCUGGUGAGUCGGUGGCAACCCAGGCUGCUUCUCUACCUGUUUUUCCUUGUUGUGGAAGGAAGUGGAUGAUGUAAUCAGAUCUCCAGGAAGCCCGUGUGGCCGGAAGCUCAACAAGGUCUCUUAGAUCCCAUCUCAGUUCAGAGCCACUUGACAGAAAUGAUGUGACAGUUCCUAUCAAAAAGAAUUUUUCAGAAACACUUGGUAUCUGUGAAGAAAGUGGCCCUUCUCCAUUCUGGUGAACUAGACAUUCUCAGAUUCCAAAAUGCCAGCCAAAACCCCAAUUUACCUGAAAGCUGCCAACAACAAGAAGGGAAAGAAGUUUAAACUGAGGGACAUCCUGUCUCCCGAUAUGAUCAGUCCUCCCCUGGGGGACUUCCGUCACACUAUCCACAUCGGCAAAGAGGGCCAGCACGAUGUCUUCGGAGACAUUUCCUUCCUUCAAGGGAAUUACGAGCUUUUGCCAGGAAACCAGGAGAAGGCACACUCGGGCCAGUUCCCUGGGCAUAGCGAGUUCUUCAGGGCCAACAGCACCUCGGACUCCAUGUUCAUAGAAACACCCUCCCCUGUGCUCAAAAACGCCAUCUCCCUCCCCACCAUCGGAGGGUCCCAAGCUCUCAUGCUGCCCUUAUUGUCACCAGUGACAUUUAAUUCUAAACAGGAAUCCUUUGGGCAGCCCAAACUCCCCAGGCUCAGCUGUGAGCCCGUCAUGGAAGAAAAAGCUCAGGAGAAAACCAGUUUGCUGGAGAAUGGGACAAUCCACCAGGGAGACACCUCAUGGGCCUCCAGUGGCUCGGCAUCUCAGUCCAGCCAGGGCAGGGACAGCCACUCCUCCAGCCUGUCGGAACAGUACUCCGACUGGCCAGCGGAGGACAUGUUUGACCAUCCUGCCCCAUGUGAGCUUAUCAAGGAAAAGACUAAAUCCCAGGAGUCCCUCUCUGACCUGACAGGCUCCCUCUUCUCUCUACAGCUCGAUCUUGGGCCCUCGUUUUUGGAUGAGGUGCUGAAUGUCAUGGAUAAAAAUAAGUAACAGGAUGCCAGUUUUUUCAUUUGGGGGUCAAUGGUACCAAAAGAAAAAAGCAGAAA